AUGUCUGGGCCUCCAUCGCGAAUUCGAUCCAUCCUGGGCCACUUGCUUGGCCCUGCCCAACCGCCGCCUCACAUUCAUCAUCUUUCACCGACCUUCUUCCUCGAGCGCGCAGCUCUGGUCGAGCCCAAUGCCGACGCAAUCUUCCACAUAACGCCCAAUGGCGUCGCUCUGCGCCGUUCGUACCAAACCUUUGCCGACCGCGCCCGGGGGCUUGCCUACUACCUCAAGAAGCACAAGCUGAGUCGCAUUGGCAUCUUGGCACCCAACACGCCAGCUUUUCUCGAGUCAAUAUAUGGUAUUGUCGCGGGUGGCGGCGUCAUGGUUCCCGCCAAUUAUCGACUGAAGGAGGACGACAUUGCUUACAUAUUUGAGCAUGCCGACGUUGAUUGCAUCAUUGUCGACAAGGAGUUUGAGGGGUUGCUCGGCGUUUUCACGAAAAAGCACCCUAAUGUGCCAUUGAUUGUCGACCUGGACACGGAUGCCACCGAGGGUCCAUCUUGCGGCCAGUUCAACGAAGCAAUCCUCGAGGGCCUUGCCCAUGAUAGGGAGCUAGGCGGUCAUUCCUGGGCCGGCUUGCAGUCCAAGGCAACCAACGAAGAUGAUAUGCUCGCCAUUCCCUUCACCUCCGGCACGACGUCGCGGCCCAAAGGGGUAGUUUAUACGCACAGAGGUGCAUAUCUUGCCGCCAUGGGAAAUAUCAUUGAGUCUGGCCUGAAUCAAGGGCAUUGUCGCUAUUUAUGGACUCUGCCAAUGUUCCACGCUAUAGGCUGGACAUUUCCCUGGUCGGUCGUGGCUGUGCGAGGAUUAAAUGUGUGCCUCAGAAAGAUUGACUACCCGCUCAUUUGGAAGCUGCUGAAGGAGGAGGGAAUCACUCACUUCAAUGCAGCUCCCACCGUCAAUACUCUUCUGGUGGCCGCCAAGGAAGCUGUCAAGCUGCCCAACCCAGUCCAGGUAACGGUUGCGGCUAGCCCGCCGUCUGCUCAUCUCUUUGAGUUAAUGACCAACCUCAACCUCAUGCCUGUUCACGUAUACGGAAUGACUGAAACGUAUGGCCCCAUCACAAAAUGUUACCAUCUACCAGAAUGGGAUAAUCUUCCGCCCCAGCAAAAAUAUGCCAAGAUGGCGAGACAAGGUCACGGAUUUGUCACCAGUUUGCCCAUCCGCAUCAUCAAACCUGACCAACCAGAGGGUGUUCUCAUCGACGUCGCCAAGAAUGGUCAAGAAAUUGGAGAAAUCGUCUUCAUCGGCAAUAUCUGUGCCAAAGAGUAUUACAAGGAUGCCGAAGCAUCUCGGAAGCUCUUUGCCGGCGGCGUCUUACAUUCCGGGGACUUGGCCGUGUGGCACCCUGACGGCAGCGCCCAGAUCCUCGACCGAGCCAAGGACAUUAUUAUUUCCGGGGGGGAGAAUAUAUCGUCCGUGGCCCUGGAGAGCAUGCUCGUCCAACAUCCGGAUAUUCUGGAGGCUGGUGUUGUGGCUGUUCCCAACGAUCACUGGGGCGAGGUUCCAAAGGCGUAUGUUACGGUGAAGGAGGGCAAGAAUAUUCGGGGAGAGGAUGUCAUCUCUUGGGCCAAGAAUCAAAGCAACAUCAGCAGGUUUAUGGUGCCUAAGGAGGUGGAGGUUGUGAAAGAGUUGCCGAAGACCAGCACGGGCAAGAUUAAGAAGAAUGACUUGCGCGAAUGGGCUAAGAAAGGUGCAAAGCGAUAG